UUGUUUCUCACUGCUGGACGUCGAGGGAUGGGCACGUACCCUCCUUGGGAAUUAGGUUGCGGAUGAUUUUCAUGAUUUGUUCGGGCUCUAGGAACAUUUUAUGAGCCUUGCUGGUACGCAUAGUGCGGGUACACUAGAAAGUAGCUCAUGCGAGCUGUAUUGUGGCUUUCUCAGUUCAUCAGCACAUUAGGGAAAUGAGUGGCGAUAAGUGUAGAUGAGAUUAGUUAGGAAUAUAAUAGCAAGAUACGUGACACGAUAAGUUUUUCUACCUUGGAAGAGAAAAUGAUUGUGCAGGAGCCUGUCCAGGCUGCUGUCUGGCACUGCCUGAAUCAUUAUGCAUAUGCCGAUGCUACAUUUCUGGCAGAACGCCUGUGUGCGGAAGUGCAAUCGGACGAGGCGCUGUUCCUGCUGGCCACCUGCUACUACCGCUCUGGCCGGCCGGGCCAGGCGUACACGCGCCUCAAGGCACGCCACCUGCGCCUGCCACAGGCGCGCUACCUGCUGGCGCUGUGCUGCUACGAGCUGAACCAGCUGGCCGAGGCCGAGGCCAUCCUCAGCGGCGGCAGCAUGCUCAAGCCGAAGGGUCACGACGACGUGACCAGCGAGUUCGGCGAGUCGGCCAGUCUGGCGCUGCGGCUGCUGGCGCGCAUCUACCUGCGCACGGAGCGCAAGGCGCGCGCAGCCGAGGCCUGCAAGAAGUCCCUCAAGCUCAACCCGUUCCUGUGGAGCGCGUUCACCGACCUGUGUCACCUGGGCGAGGCGGUCGACAGCAGCAAGGUGUUCACGACGUCCGGACUGGAGAGCUUCGCCAUGUGCCAGGGCCACGGGGUCGCCUGGCCGACGCUGGGCCAGACGGACGGCCCGCAGCCGCCGCACACCGUCGCCAACGUGGCCAACAUCAACAUCACCAGCACGCCGUUCCAGACGCCAGUGAACGCGCUGAGUGGCGCCGCGCUCAUCCCCUCGUGUGGCCUGUCCGUCUCCAAGCCGACGCCCGACUCGGAGAACGACGCGCCGCGCUCAAAGCAGGCCCUGUUCCGCUCUCAGCUGAACUCCACGCUCGGCUCGUCGCCGUGCACGCCCAGCUUCGGCUUCCUGCCGAUCGAGACGCCGAGUCCAGGCGAGCCGACGCUGCCGCUGGGCCUGCUCAGCUCGUCGCCGGCGCUCACCAACAACGCCGAGACCGAGCCCAAGGCGUUCGGACGGCGGGUGCUGAACCGGAAGGACCGCAGCAUGUUCGGCCUCAGCGGCAGCUCUGUCAAGGAGAACAACAAGUCCAACCGGCUGGUGCCGCCCAAGUCGCCGUCGCGCAAGAUCAAGACGCGCUCCUCGAAGACGGCGCUCUCCACGCCCAACUUCAACGAGCUGAACGAGAAGAACAAGAGUGACAAGCUGCGGGCGGAGGCGCGCGGCCGGGGCAGCGAGACCAUCACCAGCGCGGCCGACACCAAGCCGCUGACGGCGCCGCAGCUCCAGGCCACCGCGCUCAGCAUUCAGAAGUGCUCGGCAGAGGGGCUGAUGCACCUUCUGCGUGACGUGGGCGCGGCGUACCAGCAGCUGAGCCAGUUCGGCAGCCGCCGAGCCAUAGAGCAGCUGUCGGCGCUGCCCAGCCACCAGUACAACACCGGCUGGGUGCUCUCCAUGCUCGGCAAGGCCUACUUCGAGCUCAACAACUACAAGCAGGCCAUCAGGUUCUUCCAGAUGGUGCGCGAUCGUGAGCCGUACCGGCUCGAGAUGAUGGAGUACUACAGCACGGCGCUGUGGCACCUACAGCGCGAGGUGGAGCUGUCCGCUCUGGCCCAGGAUCUGAUGGACCACGACCGACAGUCGGCGGAGGUGUGGUGCGCCGCAGGCAACUGCUUCUCCCUGCAGAAGGAGCACGAGACGGCUAUUCGGUUCUUCACGCGCGCCGUCCAGGUGACGCCCCAGUUUGCCUACGGCCACACGCUGCUGGGCCACGAGUACGUGCUGACCGAGGAGCUGGACAAGGCGCUGGCCUGCUUCCGACGCGCGGUCAGCAUCGACCCGCGCCACUACAACGCCUGGUACGGCAUCGGCAUGAUCUUCUACAAGCAGGAGCGCUACACCAUGGCGGAGAUGUACUUCAAGAGCGCGCUGGCUAUCAACCCGCAGAGUUCGGUCCUGAUGUGCCACGUGGGCGUGGUCCAGCACAACCUGCAGAAGACGGACGCGGCGCUGGCCACGCUGAACCGCGCCAUCGCGCUGGACCCCGUCAACCCGCUGUGCAAGUUUCACCGGGCGUCGGUGUUCCUGAGCUCGGACCGGCUGCAGGAGGCGCUGGACGAGCUGCAGCAGCUCAAGCAGAUGGUGCCCAACGAGAGCCUGGUCUUCUUCCUCACCGGCAAGGUGCACGAGAAGCUAGGCCAGGCCCACCUGGCGCGCAUGCAUUUCUCCUGGGCGAUGGACCUGGACCCGAAGGGAGCCAACAAUCAGCUGAAGGAGGCCAUCGAGCCGGCGCUCAGCAGGCUUCCGUCCGACGAGGACAAAACAGGCGGCGAGGGCGGCGUGCUCGGCGACUCUUCGUUCCUGCCGGCCGACGCCAGCGCCGCGUCCGACGCCAUGGAGCAGUUCCACCCGAUCCAGGCCAUGGAGAGCGACGAGAGUUUGUAACGGCUGGCCAGCUGUAGACGCCAGCCGUGCGGCGCACGCCGCCGCCGGACGCCGCCCCAAGCGGACGAGUGGCCGGGCGCCGCGCGCCCCUGCCGCCGUCAGCUCGCCGCCGGCGCUGCCUUCGCCGCGGCGCCGGCCGCUGUGAUCGGAGCGUCACUGCCCCCCGAGUGAGAUGUGA